AUGAAUCAACAAUUAAUCGCCACGAGGGAGAACCUGUUCGAAUACUUGGAAUGGUUGUUGCACAUGCAACAUCUGAGAUGUGCUUUUGCCUCGAUCUUCCCGCGCCGCAUGAAUAUCCAAGAGUGGACGCAUGGAUUGGAUCAUGACUCCGGCAGUUACCCCUUUCGGUCUGGUCUGGGCCAAAUUCAGGCCGCCACCAACAGAUUCCUCGCAGCCAGGGAGAAGCUUCCCUGGGAUCUGCCUGGACAAUCGAUGUGCCAUCGGAAAAGGGUCGACAGCGAGUCAGACAGCGAGAGGCUCUCGGUGUCUCCGCGGUCUGUACUCAGCGACAAUGAGAGCAAUACAUCCGAUGAACGUGACCAGGACUAUGUUGCUGGCCCUGACUCACUAAAAUCGAUUGCCAUGGUCGGCACGGGCUGUUGGCUUGUAAGAAGCGCUACACAUGUUUUCCCUGGGAAAUGUUGA